UGUACUUUGGCUCUACCAUGGCGUCUUACAUGUCUUAUUCCCGAACCAAGUCGGAGAAUUAAAACUCCGGCAUAUCUAAACCUGCUUUGAACUCCAGGUUAGCAAAAUGGAACCGACAUCACCAUCUGCAAAAUGGAGGCCUCACUUCCGUAUCACGAACCUCCAAUAACAAUCAUUGCCAUCCUAUCAAGUUUUCUUCUUCUCUUGAGUCUGAUUAAUUAUGGCCUCGAUAAAAUCGCAUAUUGCGGUCUGAUCGGUCAAAUAGCGUUAGGUAUAGCUUGGGGGACACCAGGCGCAAAAUGGCUCUCUCGCGAGGUUGAAGAUGCUAUAGUGCAGCUUGGAUACCUAGGUCUUUUAUUUCUAGUUUUUGAAGGUGGUUUGUCAACAUCUUUCAGAUCUCUCAAGGCUAAUCUUGGUCUUUCAUCUAUCGUGGCUACCACUGGAAUUCUUCUUCCAAUUGGUCUGUCAUUUGCAGUCAUGCCUAUGCUCAACGCAACCCCGUUGCAGGCCUUUGCUGCUGGUGCUGCGUUGUGCUCUACCAGUCUCGGCACGACGUUUACUAUCCUCGGCACAAGCGGUCUUUCUGCAACGCGUCUCGGCGUUGUUUUGACAAGUGCUGCCAUGAUGGAUGAUGUCAUAGGCCUAAUCAUGGUCCAGGUUAUUUCAAACCUUGGUGGUGAUGCCUUUGAUGCUAUCACAGUCGUCAGACCUGUCGUCGUGUCUCUUGGUUUUGCAAUUAUCAUUCCUGUUCUCUGCAGAUUCAUCGUUCUACCUCUUACUGUUCGACUCAAUGAUUUUCGACAGGCCAAUCCGACUUCUAGAAUUUCAAAGGUUUUCUGUAUGAGCCAGACUGCCUUUGUCAUUCAUACUGCAUAUCUUCUUGGUAUAGUCAUUGGUGCGACUUUUGCAGGCACUUCGAGUCUAUUGGCUGCUUACAUAGCUGGUGCAACCAUCAGUUGGUGGGACUCCGAUGUUCCUCAUCUUGAAACUCAGGAAACCAACACAAAUGCGACUGAAGCUUCAGGAGAAACUGUGGUUACCGAAGAAUUGACUACUCAGGAGCCAGCCUCGGAGAGUCGGGUUCUGCCAGAAGUUAUGGAAGGCGGCUCGGGUGCCGAGAUAUUCCAUCAUUACUACGAGCCCGCUCUUCAACGCAUUCUCAAGCCUUUCUUCUUUGCCUCUAUUGGUUUUUCUGUCCCUAUCACGAAGCUAUUCACAGGUCCCAUAGUCUGGCGCGGCGUGAUCUACACUAUCCUUAUGAUAUUUGCUAAGCUUGCCUGUGGUCUUUGGCUUAUGUCUUUUACAGACCCUUUCCGUAAUCUUGCGCAGCUCGCUCAAAGACUCACACCGAAGCUUAGAAACUCUUCCAAAGGAUUGGUGCCUGGUGCUCAAUGCGCAGACAACUCAUCCUCUCGCUAUGAGGCUAGUGCCGCACCGGGAGGAGAAGGACACGAUGCUGUCCUUCUAGAGCCCAUCACUGUCACAGAUACAUCUCAAGCUUCUCCCCAAGUGCGUAACUCGACACCAAAACCAGAGAAAGCCUUGUCACUCUACCCGGCAUGCAUUGUUGGCAUUGGAAUGGUAGCUAGAGGUGAAAUUGGAUACCUGAUUUCUGCACUGGCUGAAAGCAAAGGUAUCUUCGGUGCAGCGGCAGAUGGUCAGUCAUCAGAGAUUUUCCUCAUUGUUACCUGGGCUAUUACACUCUGUACCAUCAUUGGGCCCAUAGCUGUGGGAUUGAUCGUGAGCAGAGUUAGAAAAUUGGAGAACGGAAGUCGAAAAGAGAAGGGUGAGGGGAAGAGGAACGUUCUUGGAGCAUGGGGAGUGAGCUAGACGGCUCCUGACAGGGCCUCGGGAGUGCCAGAGAUGUCAAUUUAUAUAAAGAGACCUUUGACGCAUAGAAUUUAGACGGCUGAGCAGUACAUUCAUGGCGAGAUUACUCGUCUCGACUUGACGAAUUGUCAAUGGGGAGAGAGCCUUAUAGACUACAUAUCACUAACAACAUUUCACCCUGUACGGCAUAUCGAAAUUUAUGG